CCAGCUAACGGGACUGGGUGAGGAGCACAACUCACUGUCGACCACUUCUCCUCCAACUGUGCUUAUUUAAUACAACUGCUCCACUUUUACGGCCACACGAACCGUUUUAGUCCCGUUAAAUAAGAUGCGCUUCGGACGGACGGUGAACCAAAGACGGUACAUUUAAAGUAAACGAGCAGCAGGGCGUUUUUUGUAGAAAGGGGAGCUGGCAGGAAGCGUGAGUCUCGUUAAGUCCGAGCAUAGUUUUAAAUUGAGGAUUUUGCGUCCAGCUGUAGGUUAGUGUCCAGAAAAGACACCACAAUGCAGAGCGACAAAUCGGAGCCGACUGAGCCAAAGGCCGCCGAGUGUCCGAGCGCAAGCAGCGGCGAGGAUAAAGCGCUGAGCACCGUGGAGGCAGAAAGUCCCAAACCCAAAGGGAUCAGUGCGGUCGCAGUGCUGUGGACGUUUGGGAAAUGUCUGGGCGCCCUGCUGCCCGUCUAUCUAGCGGGUUAUUACCGGGUGAGCACCAGUCUGCUGGUGUGCGGGAUGAUGGUCUACACGGGAUGGAAACAUGCCCGAGAGGCCAAGGAGGCGCGUUUGAAGACGGCCAUCCAGCUGCUCAGCAACGAGGAGGAGUACACGUCCAUGAAAGUGUCCAAAAUCAAGAGAGAUCUCCCUGCUUGGGUAAACUUCCCAGAUGUUGAGAAAGUGGAAUGGCUGAAUAAGGUUCUGCAGCAGGUGUGGCCCUUUGUUGGUCAAUACCUUGAGAAGCUGCUGAUAGAAACCAUCGCUCCAUCUAUCCGAGCCUCUAGCACCCACCUCCAGACCCUCAGCUUCACCAAGGUGGACAUGGGAGACAAGGCCAUGAAGGUUGUAGGGAUCAAAGCACACACAGAGAAUGACAAAGGACAAGUCCUGCUAGAUCUGUACAUCAGCUAUGUUGGCAAUGUAGAGAUCAAUGUUGAAGUGAAAAGAUACUUCUGCAAAGCUGGAGUCAAAGGAAUACAGCUCCAUGGGAUGAUGCGGGUGAUUCUGGAGCCUUUGAUUGGAGAUGUGCCCAUCGUGGGUGCAGUCACCAUGUUUUUCAUCCGCCGGCCUAAACUAGACAUCAACUGGACUGGACUGACUAAUUUGUUGGACAUUCCUGGACUCAAUGUCAUGUCAGACAGCAUGAUUAUGGAUGCCAUUGCCUCCUUCUUGGUGCUGCCCAAUCGUCUGGUUGUUCCACUGGUUCCUGGCUUGCAUGUGGCCCAACUACGCUCUCCGUUGCCCAGGGGUGUGGUACGAAUCCAUCUAGUGGAGGCACAGAGUCUAGCAGCAAAGGACAACUACGUGAAGGGGGUGAUGGCUGGUCUAUCUGACCCCUAUGCCAUAUUAAGGGUGGGCCCUCAGACCUUCACCUCCCAACACAUCGACAACACAGACUCUCCCAAGUGGCGAGAGAUGUAUGAGGUUAUUGUCCAUGAAGUGCCUGGACAAGAGUUGGAGGUGGAGGUUUAUGACAAAGACCCAGACCAGGAUGAUUUCCUGGGCAGGACCAAACUGGAUUUGGGCAUUGUGAAGAAAUCCAUAGUUGUAGACGAUUGGUUUACUUUGAAAGACACUCCAUCUGGACGGGUUCAUUUCAGAUUGGAGUGGUUGGCCUUGCUGCCUAGCACUGAUCGACUAGAUCAGAUCCUAAAAAGGAAUGAAAGUGUCACUUGUAAGACUGCCGAUCCCCCUUCUUCAGCAAUUUUGGUUGUGUAUCUGGACAAGGCUGAGGCACUUCCCAUGAAGAAGGGAAAUAAAGAGCCCAAUCCCAUGGUGCAGCUGUCUGUGCAGGACAUCACUAGAGAAAGCAAGACUUGUUACACAACCGUAAAUCCAGAGUGGGAAGAAGCUUUUACUUUCUUCAUCCAAGAUCCUCGCAAACAAGACAUAGACAUUCAGGUGAAAGAUGCUGACCGUGUGCAGACGUUGGGCAGUCUGACCAUCCCUUUGUCCCGUGUUUUGUCAAAUUCCAAUCUUUCUCUGGAUCAGUGGUUCCAGUUGGACAACUCGGGAUCAGCUAGUCGCAUCUAUAUCAACACAAUUCUCAGGGUCCUGUGGUUAGAUGAGGAUCGUAUUUCAUCUGAGGUGUCAUCUACUCUGGAGGCUGGAUUGUCCAAACACCUGCCUCAGCAGACUUCUCCUCAUCCCAGCUUUGCCACAGAGGGGCUGCUUAGGAUUCACCUAUUGGCGGGCCAGAAUCUUGUUCCUAAAGAUAACCUGAUGGGAGGCAUGGUGAAGGGCAAGAGUGACCCCUACGUCAAGAUCAACAUCGGAGGAGAAACAUUCACAAGCCAUGUGGUCAAGGCCAAUCUAAACCCCACCUGGAAUGAGAUGUAUGAGGUGAUUCUGACUGAGCUUCCAGGUCAGGAGCUGCAUGUGGAGGUGCUUGACAAAGACAUGGAUAUGAAGGACGACUUCAUGGGCAGGCUGAAGAUCAGUCUGAAGGACAUCAUUGAUUCACAGUGCACUGAUCAGUGGUACACUCUCAAUGACGUGAAGUCUGGUCGAAUUCAUCUGGUCCUGGAAUGGGUUCCAACAGCCUCAGAGUCAGACAGACUGGACCAGGUUCUUCAGUUCUAUUCCAGACAGUCUUACCAGAACAAGGCGGUUCCCUCAGCAGGCCUUCUGUUUGUGUAUGUCGAGCAAGCACACGGCUUACCGGUGAAGAAAAGUGGAAAAGAUCCAAAAGUAGGAGCAGAGAUUACUCUUGGAGAAAUGUCUCGUAAAACUACAGUGUGUGAUCGUACAACAUCACCUCAGUGGAAUGAGGCAUUCUGCUUCCCGGUUCAGGACCCCAGAGAGGAUAUUCUUGUCAUUAAGCUCUCCCACACCUGGACUCUGCCUAUAGGUUCCCUGGUUGUUCCUAUUAGAGAGCUGCUGUCUGAACCAGAGCUGGUCCUGGAUCAGUGGUUCCAUCUGGACAGAGCCUCACCUGAGAGUCAGCUUCUUUUGAGGACUGAACUCAAGAUGCUGAUUCCUAGCAAAUGUCCUGGUGUCACUGAGAAAGCUAAGGUCACAUCAAUGUCGGACCCUUCCCCUGCUCAGCGAAAACAGGAGACACACACAGUGCUCAGGUCCAGUUCAGUGGACGCUCCUCCUGUGGAAACUAUUGGCUCUUCAGUGUCAGUAAAUGAAGAUGUUAAAGUAAAGGAAACAGCAGCUGAUGUGAUUGAAGAGAAAGUGGAAGAACCACCGGUCCCUGUCGUUACACAACCUCCUCACACUUCUCCAGACAUCAGCUUUGCCAGUGAGGGGCUGCUGAGAGUCAUCCUGUUGGAGGCCCAGAGUCUGAUUGCCAAAGACAACAUGAUGGGCGGUAUGGUGAAGGGCAAGAGUGACCCCUAUGCCAAGAUCAGUGUUGGAGAUGUCAUGUUUAAGAGUAAUGUGGUCAAGGAGAAUCUCAACCCAGUCUGGAAUGAGAUGUAUGAGGUGGUGAUGAAGCCUCAGUCAGGACAAGAGGUGCAGCUGGAGCUCUAUGAUAAAGACCUGGACAAAGAUGACUUCCUGGGGAGAUUGAAAAUCAGUGUGGCAGACAUAAUCCGUUCCCAGUACACAGACCAGUGGUACACCCUGAAUGAUGUGAAGUCCGGUCGUGUCCGUCUGAUACUGGAGUGGGUUCCAACAGUGUCUCAUAAUGACACCCUGGACCAAGUAAUGCAGCUGCUGUCUCUCCAGUCCUACCAGAACAAGGCUGUUCCCUCUGCAGCUCUGCUCUUUGUUUAUGUGGACAGAGCACACUCAUUGCCUUUUAAAAAAAGUGGAAAGGAGCCCAAGGCUGGAGCUGAGCUUGUAUUUGGUGAUACAACCUACAAAACUAAGGUAUGUGAUCGCUCCAGAGCCCCUGAGUGGAACGAGCCCUUCUACUUCCUGGUUCGUGAUCCCACAGAGGAGAUGCUCAUAAUUAAGUUGUCCAGUGCUUGGGACCAGCCAAUGGGAUCUCUGGUGGUUCCAGUGAGGGAGCUUCUCUCUGAACCACAGCUGGUCCUGGACAAGUGGAUGCAUCUGGAUGGAGCUUUGCCUGAAAGUGAGAUCCUCCUGAGGGCUGAACUCAAGAUCCUUAACUCAAGAAUGACCGAAGUUCCAGUGCCAUCUGUAACUGGUUCAAAGAAAGAAGAGCUGAUUGCCACUGAAAGGACAUCCAGAGCAGCUAGUGAGGAAGGAAAAAGCUCAGAGCUGCCAACACAUGAGUCUGUUUCAGUAUUAAACCAGCCUGAACAACCUGGAUCAGCAGAGGCAGAUCCUGCCCCCUCCACUGAAAAGCCUGCUCCAGCUCCACUUGAUACAUUUCCUGCUGCUGCACUGGUGGAAGAACCAGCCGAUGCAGAGGAGCUUCCCACAAGGCCAAGUUUCAAAGGAGACUUUGAACCACAGCAAAUUAGGACAGAAGGUACUGGUUUAGACAGUCUUGUACACACCACAGUGACAGGUCUUCCUACUGACACUGUGAAACCUGCAGAAGUCCCAGAAAUACCUACACCUCAUGAAGUUCUUCCACCAAACACAACCCCGAGCCUGGACUUUGGUAAAGAGGGGCUACUGAGGAUUCACCUGCUGGAGGCCCAGAAUCUGGUGGCAAAGGAUAACCUGAUGGGAGGAAUGGUGAAGGGCAAGAGUGAUCCCUAUGUCAAGAUCAACAUAGGGGGAGUUACAUUUAAGAGCCAUGUUAUCAAAGAGAAUCUCAACCCAAAGUGGAAUGAAAUGUAUGAGCUUGUUUUGAGUGGGCACAGCGUCCAGGAGAUCAAGAUUGAAGCAUUUGAUAAGGAUUUAGAUUCUGAUGACUUCCUAGGAAGAUUCAACAUCAAGCUAAAUGAGGUCAUGAGAUCACAGUACACAGAUCAGUGGUACACUCUGAAUGACGUGAAAUCUGGACGGCUUCACCUGAUACUGGAAUGGGUUCCUACAGUGUCAGACUCAGUCAGGCUCGACCAGGUGCUGCAGCUUCAGUCUCUGCAGUCGUAUCAGAACAAAGCUGUCCCUUCUGCAGCUCUGCUCUUUGUCCACUUAGAGAGAGCACAUUCGUUACCUUUGAAGAAGAGUGGAAAAGAACCCAAAGCAGGAGCGGAGCUCGUUCUGGGGGAAACAACCUACAAAACCAAACUGUGUGACCGCAGCACCAAUCCUCAGUGGAAUGAGUCUUUCUACUUCCUGGUACAUGACCCUAAACAACAGAUGCUUGUAAUGAAGUUGUCCAGUGGCUGGGAUCAGCCAAUGGGAUCUCUGGUGAUUUCUGUCAAGGAGCUGCUAGCAGAGCCACAGCUGGUCCUGGAUCAGUGGUUCCAUCUGGAUGGAGCCUCACCUGAGAGUCAGAUGCUGCUGAGGGCACAACUCAAGAUUCUGGAUUCCAAAAUGGUGGAUAUGAUCAGUACAGGGAGUCUGCCUUGUGCUGCCUCUGACUGUGGAUCUGGAAAUGGGCAGGUGAAGUUGUCUCUUUCAUACGCCUCGCAGGAGAGAAAGCUCAUCGUUGUCGUCCAUGCUUGCAGAGGCCUGUCAUCACAAGGUAAGGACGGCAUAGACAGCUACGUCUCCCUCAUGCUGCUCCCAGACAAAAGCAAGGCCACUAAGAGAAAGACGGCUGUGAAGAAAAGAGAUCUCAACCCAGAAUACAGUGAAAGGUUUGAGUAUGAUCUGCCUUUCGAGGAGACAAGAUACAGGCGUCUGAGUGUAUCAGUGAAAAAUAACUCAGCCUCAUUCAGGAGCCGAGACAUCGUUGGACAGGUGCAGAUCGAGUUGGCUCAGAUUGACCUGAAGUCUGGUGUCACAGAAUGGUUCACUCUGACAGACGAAGCUGAAUAGGCGAUGAUAAUUUCACCCCUCGAUUUAGCACCGCUGCUACUCACACUGAUGCCUUCUCCUUCCCACUUCAGUAUCAAGUGCCACUGUGGCAGCCUUACCUGCACCCACCCGGCUAUCUGUGUAUCAACAUGUAGUUUAGAAGUGGACUGCACUGUAUAUUCACACAUCAACACACCCACCAAAGAUAAGUAGGCUGAAGUAGCUGAGUUGACAAGGACAGACUGUAGGUAAGUUAUGACUGAAGGUUGCGUUACUAUGUGAAGGGAUUUAACUUAAAGAAAAAAGAAAGUAGAGAAGGUGAAAGAUGAGCAGGCUCAGAAGGAAUGAAGUCUUUUUUUUUUUUGCUUUGUUUUGCUUCUUGAUGUGAGAAUGUUUUAAAUCAAUGUAUCUUCUUUGAAGUGCAGUAAUAUCUUUGGGUGCCAAGCAGUGAAGCUGCACAGGAAGCCAUUGUGUUUGUGCCUUUUCUUCUUCUUCUUCUACUUCAUCAUUAUCAUCAUCUUUUUUCCUCUGUUAUUGCAGUCUGUUGCAGGCUGUAGAGCUGGUGUGGAAAAACACAUUUCGAACAGUGAUUGGGGACAGUCCCCUGAUUCUUUUCACCAAGUUUCAAGUCUGUGUCAAUCAAGAGCCGUGGAAAAUCUACCAAAUAGAACAUGAGGUCAUAUCUCAGCAACACUUUAUCCAAACCAAACUUUCUAUGUGAACUCAGGACCACAUUUCCAGGAAGCACAAAAUGUUUGCUUCAUUUGACCACUAGGUGGGGGGGCUGCAAUAAGCAAAAAGGCAAUUUACCUAAUAACUAUGGGUGUAUUUGCCUCAAGUAAUUAUUGUGUAGCCAAUUAAAAUGGGCAGCAUCACCACCAAAUAGCAUGUCAGAUCAUAUCUAUCUGCUUCAUUGUCGACACCAAUAUUUCCUAAACAAACCUGCAUCAUUUCACCAGUUCGGGAAGCUGCAGUAAACAAAAACACGUUUUUCCCCAUCACUGCUUAUAGCCACACGUUCAACAUAAUCAGAUCAUGUUGCCAUGGUUACUGUGCCCUGUGCACUGCUUUGGCCCCUUUAUUGCUGCUUGCAGCUAUAUUCACAUUAUAGUAUCCUCUGUAUUGUUCAUGAAUGUCGAUGCCAUUUCAGUAUUUAGGAUCUUGUUUUACAACUUGCUUACAGUGGAAUUCUAUAUUUCACAGCACCUUGCCACGUAGUUUUUGACAGUGCCUUUGGAAAUCAUUUUUGUAUGAUUUUUUUUAUUUUACACAUGUAUUUGUUACACAUAAUUCACAGUUGUAUGUUUGAUUUUGUGUAUAUUUGCAAAGACUGCAGAUCAGAUCGGAUUCUGUUUGUUGAAAGAUGGUGAUAAAAGUAAACAGAUUUUGCACAUC